UUUGGGAGGUAUCAGAACCCUGAGGAGCUUCCAUUCUUUCCAGUUUAUGCACAACCUCGCUUAGCACCUCCCCACAAAUUUCCAAAUUUCUUGUAUCCUCCUGCUGCUUCAACCAAUGUUAGUAAGAUAAUAUGGGAUAUGUACUUGAAUGACUUGCUUCCACUAUUCACCACAAAAGCAGAUGAUGGAAAUUAUCAACAAAUUGCAGCAUCAGAUCUUAUAUGUUUGCAAGCUCUCUCCAAAAGAAUUCAUUAUGGCAGAUAUGUAGCCGAGAUUAAAUUCAGAGAUUCACCUCAUGACUAUAUACCUGCUAUAAAGGCUAAGGAUAGAGAAACUCUGCUGACUCUGCUAACAUUUACCAGUGUUGAAGAAGCAGUGGUAAAAAGGGUGUUUAAGAAGGCUGAGAUAUUUGGGCAGAUCGUAAAUUUAGGAAAUAAUAAUGUAACGGGAGACAAAAGCAAAGGAAAUGAAAUUAAAUACAAAGUGGAUCCGUAUGUAGCUUCUAAGCUGUAUCAAGAAUGGGUGAUUCCAUUUACAAAGCAGGUGGAAGUUGAUUAUCUUCUUAAUCGCCUAAAUUGAUAAAAAAGAGUUGUGUAUCAUCUGAUAGCAAUAAAAAUCUUCAUAU